AUGCAGAGUCUACGAUACAAGAUCGAAAAUGACUGCGACCCAACUAGCGACCUUCUCGACCACGGUCUGAACAUGUUUCCAGCAACACACAUUGUGGACCGGUAUCUUUAUGCCUACGAAGUGUCCUGUUAUAAGAACAGAGACACGGGAGACUUCUGCGACUACAUCCUGGGUCAAUGGCGAAACCAGACUGAUGAUGCUCCUCACGACUGCGAUGACUGCGUCCUUGGACCCAUGGAAAUUGAAGUCAAUUCGGAAAUCGGCCACACCGAAGACCGGUCUGCCGAGUUCCAGUCGGCCAUUUCGAGCUGCGGCAAGACAGGUUACACCUACAUCGAACCGUCCAUCCACAGCUCGACAUCCGCGGCGUCGGCAGAACCUACCAUAGCGGCCGCACACUGGUCCGCCCACCGCAUGUCGUCCAACUGCGCCUCUACAUACCACGUGCAAGAAGGCGACACCUGCGAGAGCAUCUCGGCUGACCAGAAUGUUUCAACCAAGGGCCUAAUAGAGGGAAAUGAUGUCCUCAACGGCUGGUGCAGUGGCCUCGUAGCUGGCCAAGACCUAUGCAUGCCCGAGCAGUGCAAGGUUCACUUCGUGGAACCCGAUGACUCGUGCGAGUCCCUUGCCGACAAGUACGGAGCCACGCCAAAGGACCUGGCGGAAUGGAACCCUCUGAUGUAUAUUCAAUGCGACGACUUCGUGUACUCCAAACCGACUUACAUCUGCGUCGGUAAGCCCGAAAAGAGUGCUCAAGUCCCCUGGUCCCAGAAGCAACUCCACAUUCCGCGCUUCGACGAUUAG